UUGACACAGUGCGUAUCAUGGCGGAUGGGAAGCGGUCAAGCGCGGGUCCCUCGCCCGCUACCAGUACAACUUCUCUCGGCAGGGCUCUGUCUCAUUCGCGCCUGAAUCAGUUGGAUCAGUCCGAUGUUUUUCAGUCUCAAACGUCUCUUUAUCGAUCCAAUGUUGCACAGCAAGGCCGACGGAGGAGGCUGUCCAGCAGCACGAGUCUCGAGUCACUGGAGGUGAGCCCCAGUGCUGAGGCGCGAGUCUUGGUCAUCAACACCGGAGGAACUAUCGGAAUGAUGUACCAUAAUAACGUGCUGUCUCCAGAGCCCAAUGCCUUCGUGAAGGCCCUCCGCAAACUGCCCAUCCUUCACGAUGAGCAGUAUGCCCAGCAGACCCGUCUGUAUGACUACUAUGGCCCCCAGGAGAACACCCUAGUUCUUCCGAUGCCGACACACCACGCUGAUGAGCUUUCAAAAGGGCUCUCGAGGCAGAACAAGAGGAUUGUGUACACGGUCCUGGAGUACUCGCCUCUCCUCGACUCCUGCAACAUGACCACUGACGACUGGGCCGCGAUCGGAAAGGACAUCGAGAAACACUACGAGAAGUAUGACGGCUUUGUCAUCCUGCAUGGCACAGACACCAUGGCCUACACGGCCUCCGCCCUUUCCUUCAUGUGCGAGCACCUGGGCAAGCCGAUAAUCCUGACGGGCUCCCAGGUGCCCAUCUAUGAGAUGAGGAACGAUGGAAGAGACAACCUCCUGGGGGCGCUGUUGAUUGCCGGCCAGUUUGUAAUCCCAGAGGUCUGUCUCUACUUCCAUCACAAGCUGUACAGAGGGAACCGUGUGACCAAGGUGGAUUCUGGGAGCUUCAAUGCCUUCUCUUCCCCAAACCUCCCCCCACUUGCCAAUGCUGAAGUGGAUAUCAAAAUAAACUGGGACACGGUGUGGAGGGCCAACACUACAGCCAAGUUUCUGGUCCACACCCAGAUGAACCGCAACGUGGGGCUCCUGCGAUUGUUUCCUGGCAUCACAGCUGAGACCGUGAGGGCCUUCCUCCAGCCGCCCAUGGAAGGGAUUGUCCUGGAGACGUACGGCAGCGGAAAUGCCCCGGACAACCGCGCCGACCUCCUGGAGGAGUUUCGCAAGGCCACCGAGAGAGGCCUGAUUAUGAUCAACUGCACCCAGUGCCUGCGAGGGUCUGUGACUACAUCCUAUGCCACAGGCAAGGCCCUGAGUGAUGCAGGACUGAUUGCAGGCUGUGACAUGACCCCGGAGGCUGCACUGUCCAAGCUGUCCUAUGUGCUGGCCAAGAAGGACCUCAGCGUGCAGGAGAAGAGAAAGAUGCUAAGCCAGAACCUGAGAGGGGAGAUGAUUGCCGAUUUGGAGGGGGCCAAGCUCUCUCUGCGGGAUAGUCGCUUCAUCCAGGUCAUCGCCAAGUCCCUGAACAUCAGCUGCAAAGAGGAGCUGGAAGCCAUCCGCGACGCCCUGACCCCUACCUUGGCCUGUGCCGCGUCCAAGAUCGGGGACAUCGAGGCCCUGGACGCCAUUAGGGAAAUGGGCAGUAACCUGAGCAUGGAGGACUACGAUGGGCGCACCCCGCUGCACAUCGCCGCCUGUGAGGGUCACCUCAACGUGGUGCAGUACCUGCUGAGCCAAGGGGCCACCGUCUAUGCCAAGGAUCGCUAUGGUGACACACCCCUGCGGAACGCCGUCCGCUUCAGACACAAGGACGUGGUGAAGCUGCUGAGGAAGACGGGGGCCCACUUCUCCCGCGACGAGCUGGAGCACGCAGGCUCUGAGCUCUGCAGCCUGGCGGGGAAUGGAGACCUGGAGGGGCUGGAGAUCUGGCACCUGGCAGGGGCAGAGCUGGACACGCUCGGAUAUGACGGACAGACCCCCCUGGAAGUGGCCAUGGCUACUGGAAACAAGGAGGUGGUGGACUUCUUACAGCAGGCUGGGCAAUACAAGACUCCGCUACUUGUUGAUGAAAAUGAUGAGAACGGAGACUUCCUCGAGUUUACGGCAUCCCCGAGGAGAAACUGAGCACAAGACCAGCAUAAACUCCCACAUCUUGCCCUGUCAGCUUCCUUCGCACACGCUCUCCGUCCCUGCCUCUCCCCAUCUCUCUGAAGCCAGAACACCCUCGUUUACCCAUGUAAAAAUGCUUCCUACGUCCAUCACGAUAACAGCAACCCAGCUUUACAGCCAAAGCCCUGUCCUCUUUGGAAACCACAAGUGUAUGAGGACAAUUGUGAAUGUAUUGUGAUUUUGAUGUUUAUUCGGGCAGCACUUUCCUUGCAAGAGUGAGCUGUUUUAUGUCUGUUGUGGUAUUUAAUAUUGUAUGCAAAAGCACAGCCCGUAGAGCACACGAUUACUGAUUGCUGGACAUGCAGGGUGCAAUGUCAUAGCUUAGUUGCAAAGCACAUAGCAAGCACCUGUAAAAUGACUCAAACCUCAGAGAUAGUACAAGCACUUUCAGAUAUUUUAUUCCCAGCCUGUAUUUAAUUGAUGCAGAGGCUGUAUGAUUUUUAUUUGUGUUUUUAUCUCAGUCUAAAGAUAACUGAGAGGUGUUGUGGUGAUGCUGAGUCCUGGCAGAUCCCUAGUCUCUCCGUCCGCAUGUCCUGCUUCUGCACUUGCUUCCCCCUGCUCCUCUGGCAUCUGCUCGGGCUCCCUCAUGGCUAAUUCCAGGCAUCAGCCCGAGUAGACGCCGGAUCCGGCUCCUUCCCCUGCCCUUCAGGUCCUGCAGAUCUGGGUCUUGCUGCCAAGUCCACUUUCUCAUCACCAGGCCUCUCAGCUGUCAGUGCUGCAUCAUGUGUGGGAAGUGGCUGGCAUUGUGACAUAAUAGUCCAGGAACUGGGCUCACAACCAGAGGGUUGCAAGUUCAGGUUCCUGGUGGGAUUGUAUUGUGUACCAAUGAACAAAGUGGUUAGCCUGAAUCACUUCAGUUAGUAUUUUUAGAGGGAUAAUAUGUCAGUGUCAGCUAUGUAAGAUGCCCUGAAAAGGGUUCCUGCUGAACACAUGAAUAGUGUCAUGUAGCUGUAUGCGUGUUAGCACAGAAACAUACACAGUUUCUGCAGUCAUUUAUCAUGUUAUUGGUGAAGUCCUGAGAACAGUGUUGUUGUCUUGUGUUAAAUCAGGUCGGUCUUGAGAAUCUUGUUCCUGUUUUCCCCAAUAGAUUAUUUCCUGAGGGCUUUAGUCGCUGUGGGUCUUUGUUUCAGCUGAGCACUUAUCUAUCUAUUCAGUGUCCUACUGUCCCAAUAGCCCCAGUGCAGUGUACUUUGCAAGUUAUUAGAGUUAUCUAAAGAGCUGGAAAAUGACUGCUGAACAUGCUCCAGGAUUUUUUAUAUACUUGCUAAUGCCCUCUGACAAAAUGAACAGGACACCUGAAAGACCAUUGCAGUAGAGUUUUAAAAAAUUGUUUAAAGUGCUAUUUUUGAAUGUAGGAAAAAUGCUUUAAUUGCCGGUGGUUUGUAUAAUCUUUAUUUUAUUGUUAUGGGAGAGGAAACUUGCUUUGUAUGAUUUCUUCUGAGACCAUGUGUUACUCUUUCUGUGAUGUCAGCUAGAUACAUACAAGCACAAAAAUACCAAUAAAUACAAUAUUGCACAGUAUAUGAAUGUGAAAUCGACCAAAUGCAGUGUUGUGUUGUUUAC